AUACAACAUAUGUUUGAAAAGAAACCCCUUAUAACGCACUUAGUCACUUCAUUUCUUUUUCGUCUACACUUAAAACACACAUCCUUUGCAUAGUUUGUAUUUCUAAUUAAGGUCGAGUUUCAAGUCAAAUCGAAUCGAACCAAAACAUGGGUUACUGGAAGUCCUCAGUCGUACCAAAGUUCAAGAAGAUUUUCGAGAAAAACCCCAAGAAAAUCGCUGCAGCUGAAGCUUGCAAGUCAUUUGAUGAUUCCAAGGAAGAAUACACCAAAGAAUUUGAAGAGAAGAAAAGUGAACUACAAACUAAAGUAAUUGAAAUUUAUGAAGCUUCUGCUACCGAAAUUAAGGAAUUGGUUAAGGGACCAAAGGCUGCUUCCUUAAAGAAGAAUUCUACUGGAGUUACCAACUUUUUUGAAGAACUUUCUAAAAUUGAGUUCCCGGGAUCAAAACCGGUGCAUGAAGCGUGUUCCAAGUUCGGGCCAACACUAGUUCAAGGGCCUAUUUUCUUUGUAUUCGAGAAGGUAUCGACCUUCAUAGUCGUGGAAGAGAAGGAAACAACGACCACCAAAGAUAAAGAGGUGGCCGUAGAGGAAGAGAAGAAAGAAGAGAUAGCCGCCGAGACUGAGGUAACAAAGACCGCCGUGGAGGUGGUGGCAGAACCGGCAGAGCCAAAACCAGCUUGCUGAUUAAAAAAAUCGGAGUAAACGUCAAUUUAUCAAUAUAAGUGUGAAGAAACAAGUAAUCAUAAAACGUGUUAUAUAUAUAUAUAUUCUUUCUUCAAAUUUUGUUACGUUUUCUUUUUGUUCGUUUUUACAAUCUAUACUUUUGUAGUUGAUAUAUGUUGUUUUGUGUAAAUGUUUUGUAAAAUUUGGUGAUUUCUUAGAUGUGUUGAAUUACUAUUUGAAUUCAUUAUUUUUUUCGUAUUUAAA